AUGCAGAAAAUUCCUUAUUCAUCAGCUAUAGGGAGUCUGAUGUAUGCUAAGGUACGCCUUCGCCAUAUUUAUAUAGAAACACCUAAUACACGGAUGGGUACAAUGGUUUAUAAGAAGACACCAAAACCUGAGCCAAACACACGGGAUAGCAACUGGAAUCAGGCUGAUUGGCAGCUCAGAUGCGCUGCACUAGGCUGCACAAUUAGAGACAAAAACCAAUUGAGCCCAAUUGAAAGGGCAGCUUUGAUGGGAAAGAAAAAAAUGGUUCAAUAUCUUUACGACAUUACACCUCUUAAUAAAGAUUUCAAGGCCAAGGAGCGCAUGGACAUUCUUAUUGCGUUGAUCGAUAGUGACAUGUAUGAUAUUGCAUUAAAAAUAUUGGAAGCAGAUAGAUAUAUAGUCAGAAGAACUCCAAAAUCGACGAAAGGAAGUGCCUUACAUGCGUUAGCUCGAAAACCUUUAUCACACUAUGCUACAAGUCGAGAAUGGUCAUGCGAAAGACUUGUUAGAAUCGUCAACCUUUAUGUAUCUACACCUUUCAACUCAUCUAUGUACUUCCUAGUGUUUCUCUUUUGUUUCAAAAGGAUAUAUGGUUCAAUUCAGAAGCGGAGACAAUCCAUUCAAUUGGUAGAGAAGCUCUGGGAACAGAUUCUGACUUUAGAAGGCUCGAAAAUUUCCAACCUAUUUAACGAAACUCCUAUACUUACUGAUGCUGCAAAAAUUGGGAAUGUUGAGUUUAUGGCUCUACUUAUUAGCUCAUUUCCUGAACUUGUAUGGAGAAUCGACUCAGCUAAGCACUCCAUAUUUCAUGAGGUGGAGAAGAUUCUACGGCCUUUGGAUGUUCAGAAUAAAAACAAACAGGGCAAAACACCUAGGGAGUUGUUUACGGAGGAGCAUAAGAAGUUACUGGAAGCUGGUGAGAAGUGGAUUAAGGACACAGCAACUUCUUGCAUGGUUGUGGCGACCUUAAUUGCCACAGUUGCACUAAAUGCAUCCUUUACCGUACCAGAUGGGAAUAAAUAA